AUGGCGUACAACUACGUGGCCACGGCGCAGAAGCCCACGAGCGUGACGCACUCGCUGACCGCCGCGUUCACGGGCCCGAACGACACGAACCUGCUGCUGGCCAAGAGCACGCGCUUCGAGGUGCACCUGCUGACGCCCGAGGGGCUCUCGCCGCAGCACGACGUCAACCUGUACGGGCGCAUCGCCAUCUUCGAGGUCUUCCGCGCCCUUAACGAGCCGCAGGACUGGCUCUUCAUCGUCACGCAGCGCUUCCAGUUCUGCGUGCUGGCCUACGACGCCGCGGCGCAGCAGUUCGUGACCAAGGCGCACGGCAGCAUCCGCGACUCCAUCGGCCGCAGUAGCGAGAUCGUGACCAGCGGCAACAUCGACCCGGAGGGGCGGCUCAUCGGCAUGAACCUCUACGAGGGCUACUUCAAGGUCAUCCCCAUCGACAGCGGCAAGGGCAUCCUCAAGGACACGUUCAACAUCCGGCUGGACGAGCUGCGCGUCAUCGACAUCAAGUUCCUGCACGGCUACACCAAGCCCACCAUCUGCGUGCUGUACGAGGACUACAAGGCCGCGAGGCACAUCAAGACGUACCACAUCCUGCUCAAGGAGAAGGACUUCGCCGAGGGUCCGUGGAGCCAGAGCAACGUCGAGUCCGGGGCGAGCUUGCUGAUCCCCGUCCCCGCGCCCGUGGGGGGCGUGCUCAUCGUCUCCAACCAGACCAUUGUGUAUCACAACGGGAGCACGUUCCACGCCAUCCCCAUGCAGAGCACGGUCAUUCAGGUGUACGGCGCCGUGGACAAGGACGGAUCGAGGUUCCUGCUGGCGGACCAGUACGGAACGCUGUCGGUCGUGGCGCUGCAACACACGGGGAAGGAGGUGACGGGGGUGCACCUGGAGGUGCUCGGCGAGACGAACAUUGCGUCUUGUCUGUCGUAUCUGGACAACGGCGUGGUGUUCAUCGGCAGCACCUUUGGUGACUCGCAGUUGAUCAAGCUGAACGCGGACCGGGACGAGAACGGAUCGUACAUUGAAGUGCUGGACACUUAUGUGAACGUGGGCCCGAUUAUCGACUUCUGCGUGAUGGAUCUCGAUCGGCAGGGACAGGGGCAGAUUGUAACCUGCAGUGGCGCUGACAAGGACGGAACGCUGCGUGUCAUUCGCAACGGAAUUGGGAUUAAUGAACAGGCCAGUGCGGAGCUGCCCGGUAUCAAGGGCAUGUGGGCGCUUCGUGAGACUUUUGCGGCGGAGCACGACAAGUAUUUGCUGCAGAGCUACGUGAGUGAGAUUCGAAUUCUAGCGAUUGGCGACGAGGACGAGAUGGAGGAGAAAGAAAUCCCGGCGUUUACCAACGUGAAGACCCUGCUGUGUCGGAACAUGUAUGGCGACGUGUGGCUGCAAGUGACAGAGUCUGAAGUGCGCCUUAUCAGCUGUACAUCGUUGUCGUUGAGCUCUACGUGGUCGCCGCCGUUGGGAUCGCGAAUCACGGUGGCUGCUGCAAACCCGACGCAGGUUGCAGUCGCGACAUCAGGUGGCGUGCUCGUGUACCUGGAGGUCGAGAAUGGACAGGUUACGGAGAAAACUAAGGUCAAGAUGGAGCACGAGAUUGCAUGCGUUGACAUCACGCCGCUUGCUCGUAGCCAAGCGACUGAUGGCGAUGUUGCGAUGACUGGUUCGUCGACUCACUGGGAUAUGGCGGCGCUCAACAGCUCAAUUUGUGUCGUUGGCCUGUGGACCAACUUUUCAGUGUCUGUCCUGAAACUGCCAACGCUCGAGAAGUUGACUACUGAAUCGCUCGGAACUGACCUGCUGCCGCGAUCGGUGCUGUGCAACACAUUCGAGGGCAAGGACUAUCUGUUGGUCGGACUUGGUGACGGUAGUCUGAUGAACUACGAGUUGAAUGUCGCGCAAGGGACGCUUGGAACGCGCAAGCGAGUGUCGCUGGGAUCGCAGCCUCUGUCCCUCUCAACUUUCCGCUCCAAGAACAUGACUCACGUCUUCGCCGCCUGUGAUCGCCCGACAGUCAUUUACUCCAGCAACAACAAGCUGCUGUACUCUAACAUUAACUCCAAGGAGGUGAACGUCAUGUGUCCGUUCGACUCCGAGUCUUUCCCGGAGUGUCUUGCGCUGUCUUCUGAGGAAGAGUUGACAAUCGGCACAGUGGAUGACAUUCAGAAGCUGCACAUUCAGACGUUCCACUUGAACGAGUGGGCGCGUCGGAUUGCUCACGAUCCAGAAUCUCACACACUUGGAGUGCUGACUGUCAGUUUCACGGUGGAUGACACAGGUGAAGAAGUGGAUCAGGGUUUCGUGCGGUUGUUCGACGACCAAACGUUCGAGGUGCUGCACUCGUACCGCCUGGAUCCGUUUGAGACGCCCAGCUCAGUGGUCGUAUGCCCCUUCUCUGGCGAUUCGUCGAGUGGGUCGUACUUCGUGGUCGGAACGGCGUAUAUUCACGAGGAUGAGGCCGAGCCGCACCAAGGCCGUAUUCUAGUAUUUGCUGUCACCGGUAUCCACGGUGAGCGGAAGCUGCAGCUGGUCACUGAAAAGGAAGUGAAGGGUGCAGUGUAUUGUUUGAACGCCUUCAAUGGAAAGGUGCUGGCUGGAGUCAACAGCAAGGCGCAACUGUAUAAAUGGAGUGAGAACACGGACAACGAGAAGGAACUGGUCUCUGAAUGCGGCCACUACGGUCACACUUUGGUGCUCUAUAUGGAGUCCCGCGGCGACUUUAUCGUGGUGGGAGAUUUGAUGAAAUCGGUUUCUUUGCUGAGCUACAAGCAGCUUGACGGAACGAUCGAAGAGAUUGCGAAGGAUCUCAACUCCAACUGGAUGUCUGCGUUGGGUAUCGUGGACGACGACACGUACAUCGGCAGCGAGACGGAUUUCAACUUAUUUACUGUGCAACGCAAUAGUGGCGCGGCAUCGGACGAAGAACGUGGUCGACUGGAGACCGUGGGAGAGUUCCACCUGGGCGAGUUUGUGAACCGCUUCCGAUAUGGAUCCCUGACUCCCGCCGCUGCUGGCCCCACGGACAUGGUUGACGUCGUAGAACAAGCCCCAAUUGUUCCGGCCGCUCAAAACCAGUCGAUGCUCUUCGGAACGGUUAGCGGCAUGAUUGGAGUCAUUUUGCCCCUCACCAAAGACCAGUACUCGUUCUUGCUUCGGGUCCAGCAGGCGCUUACACAGGUCGUGAAGGGCGUCGGAGGUUUCUCUCACAAGGAUUGGCGCAUGUUCGAAAACCGGCGAUCGGUGUCAGAGGCGCGAAACUUUAUCGACGGCGACCUCGUCGAAAGUUUCCUGGACUUGCCGAAGGCGCAGAUGACGAAGGUGGUCGACAAGCUCAACAGCGACGGAAUGCUGGACGGCACGGACCAGUUUACGGUGGAGGAUUUGACGUUGCGGAUUGAAGAGCUGGCCCAGCUGCACUAA